GAAGAAUCACAAAGCAAUCCGAUGUAAGUUCGGACUACAAAGCCUCGUGAAAACAUGUAGACACCGACUAGACUCGCUUCAAUCAAACGAACAUCCACCAGAAGCGCUGGGCGUGUUCGUGUUUUGAUGUGCUCGAGUCACAGGUUUUGUUCAACAUUCCUCCUGGCCGACGCGACGCGGUGAGCGAGCCGCCGCACAACCGAGUAAUGCUUUCACUUUUCCAGCGAGAAGAUGGAUGGGAAAUCCAACUACAGCCGGCUACUCAUCGCGCUGCUGAUGAUUCUGUUUUUUGGCGGAAUUGUACUGCAAUACAUAUGUUCAACAUCCGACUGGCAGUUACUACACCUGGCAUCAUUGUCCUCGAGGCUGGGGAGUCGCGCGCCCGGAGAUCGCUUGAACGGAGCCGGUGCGGGAGAUCCGUACAGCUCGGAGGACGGUGCUUUGGUUCGCUUUGUGCCUCGUUUUAAUUUUACCACUAAAGACCUUAGUCGCGCGGUGGAUUUCCACAUUAAGGGGGACGAUGUUAUUGUGUUCCUCCACAUUCAAAAAACCGGAGGGACCACAUUCGGCCGUCACCUGGUCCGCAACAUCCAGCUGGAGAGGCCGUGCGAGUGCCAUGCGGGCCAGAAGAAGUGUACCUGCUACCGGCCGGGCAAACGCGACACCUGGCUGUUCUCCCGCUUCUCCACCGGCUGGAGCUGCGGUCUGCACGCGGACUGGACCGAGCUCACCAACUGCGUGCCUUCCUUCAUGAGCAACCGGGAGUCCCAGGAGAGACGCAUGACUCCUAGUAGGAACUACUACUACAUCACCAUCUUGAGGGAUCCGGUGUGGCGGUAUCUCAGCGAAUGGAGGCACGUUCAGCGUGGAGCCACUUGGAAAGCUUCUAAACACAUGUGUGACGGCCGUUUACCCACCCUGACCGAGCUGCCCAGCUGUUAUCCUGGCGACGACUGGUCCGGCUGCUCGCUGGAGGAAUUCAUGGUGUGCCCUUACAACCUAGCCAACAACAGACAGACCCGAAUGCUGGCCGACCUCAGCCUGGUGGGCUGCUAUAACCUCACGGUAAUGAGCGAGAACCAGCGGUGGGCCAUGCUACUGGAAAGUGCCAAGCGCAACUUGCGAAACAUGGCCUUUUUUGGUCUGACCGAAUAUCAACGUAAGACGCAGUACCUGUUUGAACACACGUUCCGUCUGUCCUUCAUCGCACCUUUUACACAGCUUAACGGCACCCGUGCUGCGAGCGUAGAAGUGGAACCGGAGACCCAACGCAGAAUUCGAGAGCUUAACCAAUGGGACGUGGAGCUAUAUGAAUAUGCACGGGAUCUUUUUCUCCAGCGCUUCCAGUUCGCCAGACAGCAGGAGCGCAGGGAGGCCCGUCAGCGACGCAUACAGGAGCGGCGAAAGCUACGUGCCAAGGUGAAGUCUUGGUUGGGGGUGACUGGAAAAGCGGUUUUUAAACCCACCAAGGAGCCACCAAUGACAGAGCAGUCGCCCGCUUUUGCUGAAGAAAAACAAGCAGAUGCUGAACGAACGCUGGAGAGCGAGACCGAAGGACAGGUAGAGGAGAACUGGCUAGAGGAGGAUGACGGUGAAAUCAUGUUGGACUAUUUAGAAAACGUAGAGCAGUGGCGGUAGCAUUUGGGAAGAGGGUUGAACUUAAUACUGAACUAGAAAAUGGUGAUUCCAUUUGAUUACUUUAUGGUACCUAUAAUCCUCGAAGCCCAAAUCACUGCUGAAUAUUAGCAAUAUACGGGUUGUUUAUUGUGGGUUGCUUUUUAUGUCACGUGCAUUUGGUGAAAUGCACAUGGAAAUCUUCAUAUGUAUCAGUUCUUGGCUCCAGUUCUCUGUCAGAUAUCAAUGAAUGAUCAUCUGCAGCCUGACUCAUCUUGUGAACUGAAGAGAUAGUAAAAUCCACCGUCCCAUCAGCACUUUGCCCUUGAGAGAGGGCAUUGUGAAUUGCCGGUUGCACCAGGGAGGUCGUCUCUGCAGUUCUUGUACUGAAAAUCACAAUGCUUAUUGUGAAAGCCAAAGAGUGGAAUGUUUCAGAAAUGAGGGGGGAGCCAGGGUGGCUGCACAUUUGUAUUUACAUUCCUGUAAUGCAAGUUUUUAGUUAUUGCCUAAUCAUUUUUCAAGUGUCUUCAACUUUCACAAUCCCAUGCAUAUCACGUCAGCCUUAUGUCAAAGUCCAACACUUGUCUUUGUGUUUUUUUAUAUACAUAUAUCUAUAAAUAUGCAUUUCCUUCUCGUUCUUUUAUUUAUAUGUUUGCUAAUAAAUCACAGGAUUUGGGUUGGCUCUGAUUUUUCAUUACUUGAAAGUAAAAAGCCAUUAAGUUACUAUGUCUUUAUGCCACACCAUAUGUGUACUGAGGAGCACUGAUUGCUCUGCUCUGGAAAGAAUGAUUACAUUUGUGAAUAAUAAUAAAUGCAUUUUAUAAUAAUCCA